AUGUCGGACGAGAGGCGGGGAAUCUCCCUCCGGAAGGGAAACAAAAGGAACGCUCGCCCGAAGAUCAGCGCCCCCCGUCAGAUCUCGGAGCCCAUCGCCAACGAUGGCGUCCCUGUCCCAAGAAGCACGGGAGGUGCGAGGCCGGUCGCUGCUGAAGCGACCCCUCGCCCAAGGCCGCCUCCUCAAGCUGGAGGCAAGACGUCGGACUACGUGAAGCGUCGGUAUUCCACACGCUACAACCUCCCGGACAACUUUGAUCCCACGGCCGCGCCCCCAAUGCCGACUAUGCCCACCCUCGACAAGUACGAGCCAUACCGGAAGCCAGCAGCAGAGCCGCCGAGGUCACGGGGAGGUCCGGUUGGUACCGCACCGGCCGUGGAUGUUAAGACUCUGAGAGACCCGAGGCUCAAUCCCGAUUCAUACGUCACCAGCACGCUGGGCAACGCUACAGAGGAUGAGAUACCGGAAUUCGAGGAUCAGCUACAGAAGUUGAAGGUCCGGGCUUCGAACGACCUGCAGCAGAAUGUGUACCAGAAUAGGACUCAGUUCAUCAAGAUCAGCAAGGAGGCAGAGAAGCUCAAGGAAGAGAUGCGGAACCUCAAGAACCUCAUGUCAGAACUGAAGACGAACACAACAGUGCUACGGUCCGCAUCUUCUCGAAACAAUGAGGAGUCUCCAGGUACCAACGGGGGUUCCUUCUCGUCAGGGAUGAGCAAGAGAGACAAGCGCAGCUCCGUUGUGGACAGAGCAGCUCUGUGGAACUCGCAGAUGCAGGCUCUUUACAAGAUGAUCGAAGGUUCGCAGAAGUUCUUGCCAAACUCAGUGGGUCGUCAUAUCAUCCAGGAUGCUGGGUCCUGGAUCGAGCUGGACAAUGCGACAUACAAGUCAAGACGCUCCAUUCAGAUUGUUCUGUUGAACGACCAUCUACUUAUUGCGUCCCGCAAGAAGAGAAAAACGGACAACCCUGAAGCGCGAGGCCCAGCGGUCAAGCUGGUCGCUGAUCGCUGCUGGCCUGUCCUUGACAUUGAAGUCGUGGAUAUGGCCGGGACUCACGAGUCGUCCAGCAGCAGGACAAAGCUUACAGACGCUAUCAUGGUCCGUGGCGUGGGCCAAGACUCCGUCAUCUACCGAACGGAGAAACCGGACGAUCCUGAGAAGCGGUCUCUGAUGCUAAACAUCCGCAAAGUGGUGGAAGACCUCCGAAGGAAUAUCCAGUCAGAGAGAGAGGCGAACAACAAAGCCAAGGAGACUAUCAAUUAUUUUGCGUCAAGAGACCCGGGCCUUCUGCAAAAGACAGAGCUCCUCGAGACUCUGUCCGACAUCAAGGAUAUGCUCAUUGAGGUGGAUGGGAAACAGCAGAACCUUCGAUGGGUUGAGAGCCAGAUGGACGAGCUGGACAUUGACAUUGCCUUGCAGCGGAUCGAGCCAUCUGUGGUUAGAGUGGAAAAGCUUAAGAGCCUGUCGCGGAGCCUCAAGAACAAUGCAGUCGCACAAGAUUUCAUCGAGUUCAAGGUUGAGGAAAGAUGCUCGCGCCUGGCUGGGCUCAUCACACGUGAGCUGGUCAGCACGCACAGCGAAGUCGGCAAGACCAAGCUGCACGUCAGCUGGCUCACUCGGCUGGGCUUUGAGGACCGUGCGAGAGAGGCAUAUCUCGAGGCGAGGAGCAGCAUCAUCCAGAAGCGCUCUCGUCAAUGUGUUUUCCAGGGAGACCUGCAUCUCUAUAUCUGGCAACUGUCCUUCGUCUACUUUAGCAUCAUCAAGAAUACGGUCGCCUGCUUCCAGGGCUGCUUCCCGCCGCCCAUGAUGAGCGCCUGUGUCAAGUGGGCAAAGGAAGAGGUCGAGGCAUUCAAUGUCAUCCUGGCGAGGCAGCUCAGCAGCACUGAACACGGGAGUGAGGCGUGGACGAAAUGCAUGGAGCGGGCAAGGGAGCAUGCUCAGAUGCUUUCCGAGGUUGGGCUUGACUUCAGGAAUCUUGUCGGACAGGAACCGCCGGCAGUCAAUGGCAAUGCGGAUUUCCACUGCUCUGCGAGGCAUCGCGCGAUGCAUGGGAGCACAUCGCAAUUCUGCGACAAGAUAGCACCACUGCUCUUGGUCGAGAAGACCCCAGAGGUCAUCAUGGAUACUAACAUGGAGGAUGUCGGGCGCGUGCCCGCCGACUUGCCCGCGGCGCCUCCCUUGGAGCCCACCACCAUUCCCACGCUGGACGGCUGGAUCGAGGGUUUGAUGAGCUGCAAACAGCUGGCAGAGACAGAUGUUCAGAGGCUUUGCGAGAAGGCGCGGGAAGUUCUCCAGGACGAGUCCAACGUCCAACCAGUCUUCCAUGACUUGAUGGAGCUCUUCAAGAUCGGUGGUCCAAACCCAGACACCAACUAUCUCUUCAUGGGUGACUACGUUGAUCGUGGUUACUAUUCCGUUGAGACAGUGACCCUUCUUGUCGCUUUGAAGAUUCGAUACCCUCAGCGAAUCACCAUCCUCCGCGGCAAUCACGAGUCGCGCCAGAUCACGCAAGUGUACGGAUUCUACGACGAGUGCCUCCGCAAGUACGGUAACGCAAACGUCUGGAAAUACUUCACCGACCUCUUCGACUACCUCCCCCUCACUGCCCUAAUUGACAACCAGAUCUUCUGUCUGCACGGAGGUCUGUCGCCCAGCAUCGACACUCUCGACAACAUUCGAGCCCUAGACAGAAUCCAGGAGGUUCCUCAUGAGGGUCCCAUGUGCGACCUGCUGUGGUCCGACCCUGAUGAUCGAUGCGGGUGGGGAAUCUCGCCUCGUGGUGCCGGUUACACGUUUGGUCAGGACAUAUCAGAGGCGUUCAAUCACAACAACGGCCUGACCCUGAUUGCUCGGGCUCAUCAGUUGGUCAUGGAGGGCUACAAUUGGUCCCAGGACCGGAACGUGGUGACCAUAUUCUCUGCACCCAACUACUGUUACAGAUGCGGUAACCAAGCCGCAAUAAUGGAGAUCGAUGAGCACUUGAAGUACACCUUCCUCCAAUUCGAUCCUUGCCCGCGUGCUGGCGAGCCCAUGGUCUCAAGAAGGACACCAGACUACUUCCUCUAA